AAAUGUUGUACCGGUGAGCAACUGUUUUGGUGUAUUCUAAUGUCAUUCAUUUGAAUAAGUCGUAGAAUUGAACUCUGUUUAUUCGCGAGUGCUAUUACGCUAUAAUCAUAGAAAAUAUCGUUCAAAUUUCUAUUAUAUUAGAAACCAAUAAUUUGGUUACUUUCCCGAGGUUCGCGAGAAGUGUGUCAAAGUCGAUGUAACGUGUUCUGUGCGUCCAUAAUCAACCGUAGCUCUAAGUGUCUUCGGACUUCGGAUACAAUUUCUGUUUAAUAAAAAAUGCCGGUGCGGUAGUGAUCGUGGCCUCGAAGCGAGUCCUUUUACGGCGGGGACGAGCAUCGAAAGCGGAGGAGAGCAGCCUCCCUCCCCCCUCUGUCUUUCUCUUUCUCUCCCCGACUUUGGCCCACGGACGGGACGACCGCCUGUAUCCACCAGUCCAAGCGGAGAGGAUCGCGAGAAGCAAAGUAGAAGAAACAGGAAAGAGAGAGAAGAAGAAGAAGAAGAAGAAAGGAGACGAGAGAAUCGAAAGCUAGACCAGUGUCCCAGUGUACGCGGAGUUGGCAUGGAGGGAUAAAACGCGUGGUGGAGAGAAUUGGAGGGAAGGAGGAUUGCGAGAAAAGAAAGGGGGAGAGAGAGAGGGAGGGAGAGGGAGAGGGAAUAAAUUCGGCAUGAGGUAGAGGAGAGGAGGGAAUUUUGAAGGGGGAACCGGCUUGGUUGGAGGGAGGAAGAAGAAGAGAAAGGAAGGAGGAGAAAGUGGAGGAGAUCAACCGAGCGAUCGAUCGUGGAGGGAAGGUAGAUAAGGGGGGUAGCUAAAUGCCAGUUAAAAGAAAGGCGAGGAAGGAGGGUUAGAGGUGGAAAAGUGGUGGCGAUAGGAAGGAGGGAGGAAGGAGGUGGUGAGGAAGGAGAGGAAUGGGUGCCGGGAUGGGCAGGAGCGGCACGAGCGGCGGCUUCCUCGAGGCACUUCCCACGGGAACGCCGCUCCACGUGGCCAUGCUGGGCCUCGACAGCGCCGGGAAAACCACCGCGUUGUAUCGGCUCAAGUUCGACCAAUACUUGAACACAGUGCCCACUAUUGGCUUCAACUGCGAGAGAAUCCGUGGUGGCAUCGGGAAAGCGAAAGGUGUGAAUUUUCUCGUAUGGGACGUGGGCGGGCAAGAGAAAUUACGACCGUUAUGGAAGUCUUACACCAGAUGCACGGACGGUAUUAUCUUCGUGGUCGACUCGUGCGAUGCGGAACGGCUCGAGGAGGCCAAAAUGGAGCUGACCAGAACGGCGAGGAGCCCGGAUAACGCCGGUGUGCCCAUUCUGAUCCUAGCCAACAAGCAGGAUCUGCCAGGUGCCAAAGAGGUGGGCGAAUUGGAAAAGCACCUGGGCGUGCUGGAAUUGGCGGGGAUGCCGGGGAGCGCGUGCAUCAGAGUGCAACCGGCGUGCGCGAUUACCGGCGAGGGGCUUCACGAGGGUUUGGACACUCUUUAUCAGCUGAUACUGAAGCGGCGCAAGCUCGCGAAGCUGAACAGGAAACGGGCCAGGUAGGCCAGGGCCUCGGAGGACUGCACGUGCGUCUUCUGAUUUUGCAAGUCGCGGACAGUCUCUCCUCUGGGCACAGCCACGCCUUCCACGGUGUCUUCUUCCUCCCCGUCACGAUGCCGCGACGCCGAGGUGCUCGAGUGAACAACGGAACGCGUGCGUCCCAACGAACAUUGCUCGCUCACCCGUGGACGAAGUCGUCUCGUUCGUUCGUUCCAACCGAUUGUUGGAAUCUCGCGCGAGCAACGGCGUCGAUUCGAGCCCAAUUUUCGAAAGAUUUCAGAUAGAAAAUCUUGAUCCCUGAACUGCGUGACGUGAGAGGAAUGCAUGCCUCUCCAUUCCACUCGAUCGAGAAGAUCGAUGCGAUCUCGUUUCGAGGACGAGGUUCGGAUGACUCGACUGGGAAUUUGGAACAGGUGUUUUUUUUUUUUUUUUCCACGCCUUUUUAACGCCGGCGCGAUCAAGAGGAUGUUCCUCUCCCUCCACGAACAGGAGUGUAAUAAUCUAGGAAAUUUUUUUCUAGCUAGCGUGGAUCGAUCGCUAUUGCGAGAGAGUUGUUAGACGAGAGAAGCGGAUGUCUGAUUACGACAACGAAUCAAGUGCUUCUUCGCCCUAUCGGAAUAACAGAGAAGCUCUAUUUUGCCAAAAUUUUCGAACGUUCCUUAGGACGUCCCUUUAGGAAAAUGCGAUUUUUAACGAUCCCUUCGGCCGAUCGUCUCGGCUUGUCACGGAUAACGAGCUCCUCGGCUCUCACCGUUCUUUCUCACCGGCCGAUGACGAAAAAAAUGGGGAGACGCGCUGGACGACGCGUUUUUUUUUCUUUUCUCUUUUUUUUUUUUUUUUUUUUUUUUUUUGAUGAGCUUCAGGAGAAGAGGAUUUUCGCGAUAACGAGGCCCCGUCCACGAGGCUUCGUUGCUGAUAACAAUGACGUCGAAUCGUAUUAAUAAUGCUGACGCGGGUCCGGGUCAAGGAGGGAGGCGAAGAUAAAAGCACGGGUAUUAAUAACCGUGACUCGAACCCCGCCAAAUCGUCGAGAUUAAUUAAAAAUUAUCGCGACGGAGCAGCUCGAACGGAGUUCUUCUCGCCUUCCUCCUCCUCAUUUUCAAACGGAGAACGGACGAUGGCCGCAUCACGAAUCUUACGAUUCGGACGUUUUUACAUUUGGAUAUCAUCAUGCGGAAGAGGAUUCUCGUCGCAGAGAGUAUUUUUUCUUUUCUUUUCUUUUCUUUUUUUUUUUUUUUUUGCUACGUGAAAGAUAAUCGCAGAUUGGCCCUUUAAUGAAUUAAUCGUGUUAGCAAAGGCUAGAUAGUGAUUCGUCGAGGUAGAGCUCGAGGUGAAUGAAUCAGUAGGACCCUAGAAUCGUGUCCCGACGAUCGUGAUCGUGCCUCUCUCAAUUUUUGCACCUUUAUACCACGUGACGCGAGAGUAAGAGAGAGAGAGAGAGAAAGAGAAACAGAGAGGAAAAACGAUCAAACGAUUCGAUUGCUUCUUCCCGAACGGAAUCUUUUUUUUAGUAAAACGAUGUGAUAACGAUCCGCUAUCCCCCUCCCUCCCCUUAAAUUAUCGUACGUGUGUAUAUCGUGUUCGUUGUAUCGUGCUGUAUAAGGGGCUAAUUGUAGAAAAGGCGAAUCGAUCGUUUUGAGCUCGAUCGGAAAUCUUGAUACAUAUCUCGAAGAAACGGAUGAUCUAUCCUGAUGAUGAUGAUGUAUAUAUUUAUGUAUAUAUAUAUAUAUAUACUUUUUAUCGUAAUAUUGUUCUUGGAUAAGUGAUUCGUUGACUCGAUCUGAUUUUUAAACGUUAUUUAAGUAAGUUCUCUCCGUGAGUUUUUAUUGAAUAAUUGUUGCGAGAGAAAAUUUGUAUAUUUGUUAUUGUAUAUUUUUACGUAUCAUCAUUUUCGAAGCAUGAAUUUUCAAAGCUAAUUCUAUUUAUCAGGAUUAUUUAGAAUUAGAAGAAUUGGUCGAUUUCCGGGCUAAGGGUGGAGCUCAAAACGGUGGGUGCUCGUGUUUCUCUUGCCAAUGUAUACUUUUUAUCCUUAACGGUCCCUUCGACGUGCGGACAUCCGGUAUGUGUAGUUCUUAUCGACCACCACCACCACCAUCACCGUAACACGAGACGAUAUUUUCUCAACACUGUAUGGGAAACAUAUCGCACGGGGGAAAAUUAUUCUUCCGACAAUUGGACGCUCGUCAUAGUUUUCGAUCAUCGUGAAUUUCUCUUCGUUUGGAGGAAGUAACGCGAGGAAUUGAUAUCGAGAAAUUUAUUCGUGUGACGAAUUUAUUUCGUAUAUAUCGAAUUGGUUCCUAUUCGUAGAAAAUAUCGUCGUCGUCUAUUAUAUUUGGAUCGGUACGGAAAGAAGUCGCUGAUUAGAAGUGCAGUUCGCCAAACAAUCGAAGUUAUUAUUAUUAUUAUUAUUAUUAUUAUUAUUAUUAUUAUUAUUAUUAUUAUUAUUAUUACUAUUAUUAUUAUUAUUCAUUUUCGUUAUUUUCGAACGCAGCGCAAAACUUGUGAUUUCGUUCGUUGGUUCGUUCGUGUUCUCGUGGCCCUUCUACGUUCUACUUCCCUUCGCCAUCUUUCCACGCGCAAAACUUUCCACGAAUCUCCUUAAUAAUAUUUUUCUCUUCAACUUUUCUCUUCGUAAAAAAAAAGGAAAACAUAUCUCUCUCUCUCUCUCUCUCUCUCUCUUGCAAACUUUCUAUCACUGUUCUUCUUCCCUUUCGCAAAAAAUCACUUCGAUUCGAGGAAAUCUCGUUGAGAAAGUCGAGAUACAUUUACAUUCGCGUCUCGACAAGAAGUGCUUCCCACGAGAAGUCUCGUGAAUCAAGAGAGAGGAGAGACAGAGAGAGAGAGAGAGAGAGAGAGAAAAGAAACGGUUAAAAUCGAAUUUAACGUUUAAAGAUUAGGACGAGCACAGCACAAAAGCGGACGAUAUUUUUAUUCAAAAUAAAGAGUGAUAAAUCGUGAGAGAGAGAGAGAGAGAGAGAGAGCGAUCGUCGCGCAUUUCCCAGAAAAAAGAAGAAAGAGAAAGUUCCUCUUGGAAAAAUCUGACCUCUUUUAUUUCCUAUUUAAACAGACGAACAGAAGAAAUGGGAAUGGGAGCGUAGGAAAAUCGGACGAGAUAAUUUGACUGGUUAUUUAUUGGGGGUGCGCGGAUCGAUAUUAGGCCGAGAGGAGACACGAGAGGGCAACACGAGACCGGAAAUCGUGGUUUGCGGGCAACGAUACAUCCGAAACAACGACCCGCUGUGACGGAAGUAGCUGGAUCGAAAAUAUGGAGAGAGAGAAAAAAAAAAAAAAAAAAAAAUCAAGAUGCGUCGAGUUCCUUCUCUUCCUCAUUUUUACGUUUGCUCUAAGUUUAUUUUUUGACAAAGUUUGUUGCGUUGUUGAUUAUUUUCAAACGUUCGAUCUUUAUUUUAUUAAGAUUUUUAUCUUUAAAAGAAUCUUUAAAAGAUUCUGUAUUGACAGGGAAUUCCGUUUCCCUCCGAUUCUUCUUGCUUCUCCCCCCCUAAACCGAGUAAAAAUUUUUCGAAAGAAAGUCUUCUCCUCGAAGAGGAGGAAACGGAUUGUCACUUGGAAGGAGUUGGGAAUCGAUAAAGGUUGCAAUGAGUCACGUCCGGACACGGCGCCGCAAUUGCAAUUUAUCGUUGAGGGAGGAAACCUGGUCACGCAAUUUUUGAAUAUUUACCUUAAAAUUGCAACGAUAAAAGACGGGGAUGGAGGUAUAUGGUACAACGCAUUCCCAGGAUCGAUAUAUCCUCUGGGAGGGAAGAGAGGGGAGGAGGAGGUGGAGGAGGGAAAGCAAGAGGGAAAUGUGAGCGGAAAUCGCGUUAUCGAUGACACGGAAAAAGUAAGCAAAAGGAGGAGGAGAUAAAGGGGCAUCAAAGUUGCACGGGACCAAAACCCCGUAUUUCUCGAGGAAAUAGGAAACGAUGUCGCGUCGAUGACGCGUAUUACAUCGGAUAUCACCUGGAUAUUUUCUAGAAAACGGGCGAAACGCUCGUUUCCAUAUCCUUUCCAUAUCCGAUUUAUUAUUUUGCUCGGCAAGUUAAAACGAGUUGUUUUCUAAGCGUCGAAAAAUAUCGAUUCGUUUUUUUCUUUUUUUUUUUUUGCCAGCUGCGUUUUCCAGCUCGAUCCAUAAAAAACAAAAAAAAAGAAUCCCAUCGAAAUAAGGAAAAUAUUUUCAAAGCGAUACGUUCGAGCUAGGGGAAUAAUUAGACAAUUCUCGUCGAUCAACGAUCGAUAUCGAUCGAUAUCUGUGAAAAGUGAGGAAUGAACGAGGAUGAAAUUCGUGGCCGGAUCGCGGUGGAAAAGGAAUAGUGGACGGAGAGCACAUCAGGAACGGAACCAGUUUCUUCACACUUUGUUGCUCGAAGGAACGACUCCUUCGCGGAUACAUACGUACACACAUACUUCCUACGAUUCACGUCGCGUUCACGGAAUGCGUUGAAAAUGCAUCGAUAGAACGAUUUCGAGCGCGCGUUUGCGCUCUCUUCCGCUCCGUUCUCCUCUCCUUCGACUCUGCGCGCAACUCUGAGAGCCCCAUCUCUCCGUUCCUCUCCGUCUCUCCGACUCCUCCCUUCAAGAUCUUCGGAAGAAUAUUCAGACAGAAGAUAUAUAUCCCCCCUUCCGUGGUCGUCGUUGCAAGCAACCUCCUUAAAUAGUCGGAACUUUCCUCUCCUCUGCUCACGUCCCACUUGCGGCGCCGCCUUAACCCAGUUGCAACCAACUUCCGGUGGCACCGAUCGCCACCUCCACCGACAACUUAAUUACCACGGCCUCUAAUUACCGUGUCCUCCCGGUCCUCGACUUAGAAGGGACGAGAGCACGCGAUCCGGUUGUGCGUGUAUGUGUGAGAUUACGAGUGUGAGAAACGAGGCGAGAGAGAGAGAGAGAGAGAGAAAUGGGUAAUGCAAAAAUAAAAUUUGUAUUGUACACACGACUGUAACACGAGUGUCGAUGCUAGUCGAGCCGAGAAUUAUUAAUUUCGGGGAACCAAGAGAGCGUGUGACGGUAACGAGUACGUGUAGCGUACGCCAAAAAAUAUAUAUAUAAAUAUAUAUAUAUAUAUAUAUAUAAAGCGUUUAUACUUGUAAGAACAUUGUAAAUAGGCAAUUGCAGGCUGUAAGUUUUUCGUAGGAUUUCCUCGCGGCGUGGAAACCUGUUGGCUCGGUUCGGAGAAAUUUCCUUUUAAACGAUUUAAAGGAUGUUGUUCAUUUUUAAAUGUUUUCUUGUAGUUUCGAUAGUUUAUUCCGAGGUGUUGUUGUUCCGUUGAGAGAGAGAAAAAGAGAAUGAUUAGAAGUGACUUUAAGAUUAAGAAUUAAGUAGGAAAUUUAGUGGAUUUUGAUUUUCGUGUACGAAUUGGCGAAUUUUGAUUGAUCGGUACGCGGAAGAAAGGAUUUUCGAAAAAAGUUGAAAGAUCCGGAUAGUAAAAUUUGAAUAACUUAGAUAGCGAAAUUGUUUAAUUAAUUAAGCGAGGAGAAGCGAAUUUGGCGGAAGCGAAUACUUGGUUCCGUUUGAAUGUUCGAUGGAACGUGGAUAACGGAUUAGAAUGAUUAAUCAUCGGGCAGAAGCGCGAUGAUUAAGAACGACUGAUCGACAUAUCAGUGUAAUAAUAAUUGUACGAUUAUAAUUUAAAGGAAUAAAUUUAUCCGAUCCAAAUGCCGAAGUUUUCCACGCUGAGAAAAAAAAAAAAAAGAAAAAGAAAAAAGAAAAAAAAGAAAGGAAAUCGACCAAUGUCUGUCGAGUAUGAUUGUUGUUUUUUAUAUCGACUGUCGUUCAAAAAAAUUCUAUUGUAUACUAUACUUGCCCUUGUUGUGUUUUAUUACCAUUCGAUAUUUUAUCUCGUGCUUCUCGAUCGAACGAUAGAUCGCAUAUUUGUGUAAUAAUUAAAUACGGCUAAACCGAGUAGCGAACGAUUAAGAAAAAGAAAUGAGGAGAAUUUUGUGAGAGAUGAUCGAGCGCGGAAUUGUGUAUAACGAUUGUGAAAGAAAGAAAGGAAGAAAGUAAGAAAGAGAGAGAGAGAGAGAGAGAUAUGUAAAGAAAAAAGAGGAAAAAAAAGAAAAAAAAAAGAAAAAAAACGCGUUUCUACCGUAACGAGAACAAUUAUUAUUAUAUCGUCGUUCGUCCUCGCGCUUGAAUAUUCGUAUAUUUAUAUAGCAUAGACUCGCCACUCUUCUCUUGUGUGCGUGCCGUAGAUGCGCCAGGUGAAUGUUGAUUGUAUUCCCGGGGACACCGGCUCCAGUCCCAUCAGACUGAAUGAAUCCUUUCCGACUGUGAGCGAGGAUUUUUUCCAAAUAAAUCAGCUAAUUCCGUUAUGUUUUAAUCACACGUCCACACAUA